GCAAGGACGGCCAUUUAUGCAACAUAAUCAAACAUGUUCAUGUUCAACAGAUGUAACAACUGGAUGUAUGCAUUCUACGUAGAUUAUGGGUUUCUGGGUUUACAAGUGCUAGCUGCAAUCAGCAGUUACUUUCUUCUAAAAUUGCUGUGGGUACAGAGGAGAUAUGGUUUGCCUCCAGGUCCAAACGGGCUUCCGAUUCUGGGAAAUUUACAUUGUUUAGGCAAGAAUCUUCACCAAGAUUUGUGCAAAUUGUCCAAAAAGUAUGGUCCGAUUAUGUAUUUGCGUAUUGGAUAUGUUCCAACUGUUGUAGUUUCAUCCCCUGCUGCAGCUGAGAAGUUCCUCAAGACUCAUGAUCAUGUUUUCGCGAAUCGGCCGUAUCAUCAGGGCUCUUGGUAUCUUUGUUAUCACCAGAGGAACUUGACUUUUAGCAAGGACAAUCUGUAUUGGCGUAACAUGCGUCAAAUCUGCAGUUCGAACCUGUUUAGUAAUCGAAGAGUUGCUUCGUUUGAGUCCAUGAGAAGGGAAGAAGUCAGAUUAAUGAUCGAAUCGCUUAAAAGGGCUGCUUCUAAUGGUGUCUCAGUUGAUCUUAGCUCUGAGAUAAGGUCUUUGAGCGCAAAUAUGAGUUGUUUGAUGAUUUUUGGGAAGAAGUAUUUGGACAAGGAUUUUGAAGAUAGAAGAUUUGGUGAUGUGAUUAGAGAAGCUCUGCAUAUUUCAGGACAUCCUAACUUUGGCGAUUACUUUCCCCUGCUUCGGAUUUUUGACAUUCAAAGGCUUACUCGCCGGUUUAAGGAAAUCGCCAAGAAUUACGACGAUCUUAUCGAGAAGAUCAUUGUUGAUCAUCUUGAUCAUUCCCAAGAACACCAGGAAACCAAAGAAGACUUUGUUGAUAUCUUGAUGGAUAGCAUGGAAUCUGAAGAAUUCGAAUUUGAAUUUGAUCGUCGCCAUUUGAAAGCUGUUCUAUUGGACAUGCUCACUGCAUCGAUGGAUUCAACGACGGCGACGAUUGAAUGGACAAUUUCAGAGUUGCUCAGGCAUCCUGGAAUCAUGUGGAAGCUCCAAAAAGAAAUAGAACAAAGAGUUGGGAUGGAUAGAUUUGUGGAGGAAUCAGACCUCGAAGGCCUAACUUAUUUGGAUAUGGUUAUGAAAGAAUCCAUGAGACUCCAUCCUGCCUCAGCAUUAACGCUGCCUCAUGUAUCUACAGAGGACUGCAUUGUGGAUGGACAUCAUAUCGAGAAAAACACACAACUCCUCGCAAACAUAUGGGCGAUUGGGCGUGAUCCUAGUGUCUGGCCUGAUCCCGAGUCUUUCCUUCCUGAAAGAUUCACUGGGACUAAUGUGGAUCUUCUUGGAAAUGAUUUCAAACUUAUACCAUUUGGUUCAGGAAGGAGAAGCUGUCCCGGUUUGGAAUUGGCGGUUACAGUGGUUCGCUUCAUCGUAGCACAAUUGGUGCAUUGCUUUGAUUGGGAACUUUCUGAUAACAUUGAACCAAGUGAUCUGGAUAUGUCAGAGAGUUUUGGUACAGUAACAUCAAGAGCCAAGCCUUUAGAGGUGAUUCCCACUUAUCGUUUGCAUAACUAAUCCACAUUGUGGUGUUGUUUUUUCUAUUUUGAGUUCAGAAGAUUGAAAUCUCAAUCACAACCAUUCCAGAGUUCAUAGAUGUUAGCAACAAGGAAUUCUAAUCCUUUCUUUUGCUGCAUUUUAGCACUUCCAAGCAAAACUCUUUAGAUUAUCUUCCUGUGAAUCUAACAAUGAAUUUAAUCAUUGAAAAUUCGAAGUUACAUAAGAAGCAGGGCUCUUUGGUUAAUCCAGGGAUCACCAUGAUAUAACUUUGUUCUACCAAGC